GCCGCUUCUGCACAUGACGAUCUUGCCCAUCAACAAAAAGUACCCAAGUUCCCGCACAGACUUGUCCUCUCAGAUCUUCUCUCCCCCUCUCAAGGUGACAUCCCAUCAUCCAUCCCGUUUCAUCGCAAUCAUGAAGACGAGUGCCUCAGUCUUGGCUUGGGCAUCAGCCCUCCUCGCUGCUUCACCCGCCGUAGCCAUGGAGACUUGCUGUGCCUCACUUGAAGCAAAGGGUCUGAAGCACGUUUACUACCCCGAUAGUAACGGGUACAAGACCCGCACUGAGUCGUACUUUUCCGUGUCGUCGCAGCUGGAACCUUAUUGUAUCGUUCAGCCCGAGAGCGCCAAGGAUGUAUCUACGAUUAUCAAGACAUUGACAGCCGAUACAAAGUGUAAUUUCGCGAUUCGAAGCGGUGGACAUACCGUUUGGGCGGCGAAUAACAUUAACGAUGGUGUCACUAUUGACAUGGGAUUGAUGAACAAGACUACGUAUGUCAAGAAUACAAAGGUUGCUCAGAUCCAGGCUGGUUCUAUUUGGCGAGACGUCUACGGUGCUCUUGAACCAUAUGGUGCUACUGCUGCAGGUGGUCGUACUUCGACUGUCGGCGUUGCUGGCUUCCUGACAGGUGGUGGCAAUACCUUUUAUACUGCCCGUCGGGGUUUUGGCUGUGACCAGGUUGUCAACUUUGAGGUUGUCCUCGGCGAUGGACGCAUCGUCAAUGCCAACAAGGACAACAACGCCGAUCUAUGGAAGGCCCUCAAGGGCGGCUCAGCCAACUUCGGUAUCGUCACCCGCUUCGACGUCCAGGCCUUCGACGCUCCUCUCCUCUGGGGUGGCCUGGUCACCUACUCGGCCGAAGAAACAACCGAUGCCCACGUCCAAGCAUACAAAGACUGGACCGAUAAUAUCGUUAACUACCAGGAUGGAUCAGUCAUUCCUUUCUGGAGUUACACUCCUCAGAAUGGAAAGAUUGGCAUCACAGUGUCGUACGAGGAUACCACUGGUGCUGUCGCUCCCAAGGCCUUGGACGAGUUCUGGAAGAUUCCCUAUGAGACGUCCAAUUUGCGCAAGGAUACUCAUCGUAACAUGACGAUUGAGCUUGAGCUGGUUGCUGGAUACCGCAACGUCUGGUUCGCCAUCACCUUCAAGAACAAGCUCGGCUUGUACAAGAAGGCUCUGGAGCUGCACAAGCAAUUCGUCAGCGACUGGAAGGCUCAAUCCCCCGACGGUGACUUUAUCUGCCAUGCCAUCUUCCAAGCCAUUCCAACCAUCUUCUCCAAGCACUCCCUAGAGCGAGGCGGCAACGUCGUCGGUCUUGAUCGCGAGAAAGACAACGCUGUCAUGUUCCAGGUCCAGCUGAUGAUCAACGGCGUCGAGCAGGAAAAGAUUGCUCGUGAGCGCAUGGUUCGCUUCCGCAAGACGAUGAAGCAGUACAGUAUCGACCAGGGUGCUGCUGUCGAUUGGGAGUAUCUCAACUACGCCGACUUUACCCAGGAUCCUCUUUCUACUUACGGCCCUAAGAAUGUUGACUUCAUUCGCAAGGUUGCCAAGAAGUACGAUCCCAAGGGAGUUUUCCAGACCAGACUGCCUGGUGGGUUCAAGAUCUCCAAGGUUGCCUGAAGCACAAUACUAGUCUUGGAUAGAAAUCUUGACCAACAUUAUACGUGUCAUUUGUUUCGUUGCUCGUCAGCCGCGUAAUUACUGUGCCGGUAGUAUACGCCCCGUGUCAGCUCUCGUAACUCUCGUGACAGGGGUCUCGCCACUAAUACGCGUAAUGCAGGGUAAGGCAAUACUUUACAGACAAUCACAUACUAUGCUGAGUCUAAGAGUUGUACAAGUUUUAAGUAGUAAGUGUUAUUCUUUAUCUAUAGAAAUCAUGUUCUCACUCCCUC